UACAGUCGUUAUAUUACAGCUAAAAUGCAGAAUUGUAAAUAUUUCCAUAAAUUCUUGAUAGUUAUAAUUCUAAUAAUGAUAUUUUGUAAUAAAAGUGAGGGCACAUGUGGACAUCAUAAACAUCAUCAUCAUCAUGCAACGUCAACAACUCCCAAAUAUUAUAUUAAGACAGAUACCAUAAUGACAUCGAAUCCAGAAAUCAAAAUAGACUGUUUUAAAUGUUCAUCCAAAGAUAGAUCAAAAAUAUUUUAUGUUUCAAAAAAGGCUCCCAUUGAAGAACAGAUUAAUAGUGUUAAAUACAAAACAAACGAAUUAAUCCAAACGAUAUUUAAUGCCUUGCAAGGACAUGCACAUAAAACAACAGCUACAACAGCCCGCCCAAUAUCCACAACAACUCCGCAUCAAUCGACGAAUAUGCAAGUAACAAAUCAUGUAGUUAACGGUCACAGUUACGUUUAUAAUAUACAAAAUCAUGGCACUCACUACCAUUAUUAUGGUUCUCCGAGCACAGGCAAAUCAAAUCCUCAUGAAAUCGAUAUUGUUCCUCUCGUGGAGAAAAAGCCAAAUGAAGAUCGUAAGAAAACUGGUUGGAAUAAUGAUGUAAAGCUAAGUUGAUAAAUUGGAAAUGGAAAUUUUAAAAAAUAUUGAAAUAAAAAAUUAGUUUGUUAAUUUUAUAAAAUAUUCGUAGAGUAUGUAAAUUGACGGAAUAUAUAGUGUUUGUCUGAUUUUACAUAGGGCAAGUUUUCUUGCCGCAAGUCUGAAUUUAUAGGAGAGUGAUGUAAGAAGAAAGAAGAGGAGUACAAACUUGCUGUUCUACUCAAUCCUCUUUUGUUUUCUCAUUUUCACUAUGGCGUCACCAAAAUUUUAAACAUAGUUAAGGCUUAAUCAAUGUUAAAAUAUAUUUUUUUCGAAAAUGUCAAAUGGAA